UCCCUGUCCCCUGGCGGGGCGGCUUUGGCUGCGGCAGCACUGGAGGCAGCAGCGGCCGGAGAGCGACUUGCGGGGCGCGCCCGCCGCCGUGGAUCGGGACCCUUCCCCUCGGGGACCCUCCGCCGACUCCUUCCUCCUAGCGUCCCGCGGGAGCCGGCAGGACCCCCGGCCGGUGGGAGCGCCCGCGGCGGCCGCGGCACCAUGAGGCGGCCGUGGGGCGUGCUGCUGUUUGGCGCCCUGCUCUGCGCACACGGCCGAGCCAGCAGCCCCGAGUGUGCCUGCGGUCGGAGCCACUUCACCUGCGCAGUCAGUGCCCUGGGCGAGUGCACCUGCAUCCCCGCACAGUGGCAGUGCGACGGAGACAACGACUGCGGGGACCACAGCGAUGAGGAUGGCUGUAUGCUGCCCACCUGCUCCCCUCUUGACUUUCACUGUGACAAUGGCAAGUGCAUCCGCCGCUCCUGGGUGUGCGACGGGGACAAUGACUGUGAGGAUGACUCCGACGAGCAGGACUGUCCCCCCCGGGAGUGCGAGGAGGAUGAGUUCCCCUGCCAGAAUGGCUACUGCAUCCGGAGCCUGUGGCACUGUGAUGGUGACAAUGACUGUGGGGACAACAGUGAUGAGCAGUGUGACAUGCGCAAGUGCUCUGACAAGGAAUUCCGCUGCAGUGACGGGAGCUGUAUCGCUGAGCACUGGUACUGCGACGGUGACACCGACUGCAAAGAUGGCUCUGAUGAGGAGAGCUGUCCCUCAGCAGUGCCAGCGCCCCCCUGCAACCUGGAAGAGUUCCAGUGCGCCUACGGCCGCUGCAUCCUCGACAUCUACCACUGUGACGGCGACGAUGACUGCGGAGACUGGUCGGACGAGUCCGACUGCUCCUCCCACCAGCCCUGCCGCUCUGGGGAGUUCAUGUGUGACAGUGGCCUGUGCAUCAACGCCGGCUGGCGCUGCGAUGGCGACGCAGACUGUGAUGACCAGUCUGAUGAGCGCAACUGCACCACCUCAAUGUGUACAGCCGAACAGUUCCGCUGUCGCUCAGGCCGCUGUGUCCGCCUGUCCUGGCGCUGUGAUGGGGAGGAUGACUGUGCGGACAACAGCGAUGAAGAGAACUGUGAGAACACAGGAAGCCCCCAGUGCGCCUCGGACCAGUUCCUGUGCUGGAACGGGCGCUGCAUCGGCCAGAGGAAGCUGUGCAAUGGGGUCAAUGACUGUGGUGACAACAGUGACGAAAGCCCACAGCAGAACUGCCGGCCCCGGACGGGUGCGGAGAACUGCAAUGUGAACAACGGUGGCUGCGCCCAGAAGUGCCAGAUGGUGCGGGGGGCAGUGCAGUGUACCUGCCACACAGGCUACCGGCUCACAGAGGACGGGCACAUGUGCCAGGAUGUGAACGAAUGUGCCGAGGAAGGGUAUUGCAGCCAGGGCUGCACCAACAGUGAAGGGGCUUUCCAGUGCUGGUGCGAGGCAGGCUAUGAACUCCGGCCCGACCGGCGCAGCUGCAAGGCUCUGGGGCCGGAGCCUGUGCUACUGUUCGCCAAUCGCAUCGACAUCCGCCAGGUGCUACCGCACCGCUCUGAAUACACGUUGCUGCUCAACAACCUGGAGAAUGCCAUUGCCCUUGAUUUCCAUCACCGGCGUGAGCUUGUCUUCUGGUCAGAUGUCACUCUGGACCGGAUUCUGCGGGCCAACCUCAAUGGCAGCAAUGUGGAGGAGGUUGUGUCUACAGGGCUUGAAAGCCCAGGAGGCCUGGCUGUGGAUUGGGUCCACGACAAACUCUACUGGACUGACUCAGGAACAUCGAGGAUUGAGGUGGCCAACCUGGAUGGGGCUCACCGGAAGGUGCUGCUUUGGCAGAACCUUGAGAAGCCUCGGGCCAUUGCCUUGCACCCCAUGGAGGGUACCAUUUACUGGACAGAUUGGGGCAACACCCCCCGCAUCGAAGCCUCUAGCAUGGACGGGUCUGGACGCCGCAUCAUCGCCGAUACCCAUCUCUUCUGGCCCAACGGCCUCACCAUUGACUACGCCGGGCAUCGCAUGUACUGGGUGGAUGCUAAGCACCAUGUCAUCGAGAGGGCCAAUUUGGAUGGGAGUCACCGCAAGGCUGUCAUUAGCCAAGGGCUCCCGCACCCCUUUGCCAUCACGGUGUUUGAAGACAGCCUGUACUGGACAGACUGGCACACCAAGAGCAUCAACAGUGCCAACAAAUUUACUGGCAAGAACCAGGAGAUCAUUCGCAACAAACUCCACUUCCCCAUGGACAUCCACACUUUGCAUCCCCAGCGCCAGCCGGCAGGGAAAAACCGCUGUGGGGACAACAAUGGAGGCUGCACCCACCUGUGUCUGCCCAGUGGCCAGAACUAUACCUGUGCCUGCCCCACUGGCUUCCGCAAGAUCAGCAACCACGCCUGUGCCCAGAGUCUUGACAAGUUCCUGCUUUUUGCCCGAAGGAUGGACAUCCGUCGGAUCAGCUUCGACACAGAGGACCUGUCCGACGAUGUCAUCCCACUGGCUGACGUGCGCAGUGCUGUGGCCCUUGACUGGGACUCCCGGGAUGACCACGUGUACUGGACAGACGUCAGCACUGACACCAUCAGCAGGGCCAAGUGGGAUGGAACAGGACAGGAGGUGGUGGUGGAUACCAGUUUGGAGAGUCCAGCAGGCCUGGCCAUUGACUGGGUCACCAACAAGCUGUACUGGACGGAUGCAGGGACAGAUCGGAUUGAAGUGGCCAACACAGAUGGCAGCAUGAGGACAGUACUCAUCUGGGAGAACCUUGAUCGUCCCCGAGACAUUGUGGUGGAACCCAUGGGCGGGUACAUGUAUUGGACUGACUGGGGUUCGAGCCCCAAGAUUGAACGAGCCGGCAUGGAUGCCUCGGGCCGCCAGGUCAUCAUCUCUUCCAAUCUGACCUGGCCUAAUGGAUUGGCCAUUGACUAUGGGUCCCAGCGGCUGUACUGGGCUGAUGCCGGCAUGAAGACGAUUGAAUUUGCUGGACUGGAUGGCAGCAAAAGGAAGGUGCUGAUUGGCAGCGAGCUCCCCCACCCAUUUGGGCUGACCCUCUAUGGAGAGCGCAUCUAUUGGACGGACUGGCAGACCAAGAGUAUCCAGAGUGCUGACCGGCUGACAGGGCUGGACCGGGAGACCCUGCAGGAGAAUUUGGAGAACCUCAUGGACAUCCACGUCUUCCACCGCCGGCGGCCCCCAGUGUCCACGCCAUGCACUAUGGAGAAUGGCGGCUGCAGCCACUUGUGUCUUCGGUCCCCAAAUCCAAGUGGCUUCAGCUGUACCUGCCCCACAGGCAUCAACCUGAUGCCUGAUGGCAAGACCUGUUCACCAGGCAUGAAUAGUUUCCUCAUCUUCGCCAGGAGGAUAGACAUACGCAUGGUGUCCCUGGACAUCCCUUAUUUUGCCGACGUGGUGGUGCCCAUCAACCUCACCAUGAAGAACACCAUUGCUAUUGGAGUGGAUCCCCAAGAAGGAAAAGUCUAUUGGUCAGACAGCACGCUGCACAGGAUCAGCCGUGCCAACCUGGAUGGUUCACAGCAUGAGGACAUCAUCACCACAGGGCUGCAAACCACAGAUGGGCUCGCAGUGGAUGCCAUUGGCCGGAAAGUGUACUGGACAGACACUGGAACCAACCGGAUUGAAGUGGGCAACCUGGACGGGUCCAUGCGGAAGGUGUUGGUGUGGCAGAAUCUUGACAGCCCCCGGGCCAUCGUGCUGUACCACGAGAUGGGGUUCAUGUACUGGACAGACUGGGGAGAGAACGCCAAGUUAGAGCGGUCCGGAAUGGAUGGCUCGGAGCGGGCUGUGCUCAUCAGCAACAACCUGGGGUGGCCCAAUGGGCUGACUGUGGACAAGGCCAGCUCCCAGCUGCUCUGGGCCGAUGCCCACACCGAGCGAAUUGAGGUUGCUGACUUGAAUGGUGCCAAUCGUCACACGCUGGUGUCGCCCGUGCAGCACCCAUAUGGCCUCACUCUGCUCGACUCCUACAUCUACUGGACAGACUGGCAGACUCGUAGCAUCCACCGUGCUGACAAGGGGACUGGCAGCAAUGUCAUCCUGGUGAGGUCCAACCUGCCAGGCCUCAUGGACAUCCAGGCUGUGGACCGGGCACAGCCACUGGGGUUUAACAAGUGUGGCUCAAGAAACGGCGGCUGCUCCCACCUCUGCUUGCCUCGGCCCUCUGGCUUCUCCUGUGCCUGCCCCACUGGCAUCCAGCUGAAAGGAGACGGAAAGACCUGUGACCCUUCUCCCGAGGCCUACCUGCUCUUCUCCAGCCGCGGCUCCAUCCGGCGCAUCUCACUGGACACCAGCGACCACACAGACGUGCACGUUCCGGUUCCCGAACUGAACAAUGUCAUCUCCCUGGACUAUGACAGUGUGGACGGGAAGGUCUAUUACACAGACGUGUUCCUGGAUGUUAUCAGGCGAGCAGAUCUGAACGGCAGCAACAUGGAGACAGUGAUCGGGCAGGGGCUGAAGACCACCGACGGGCUGGCCGUGGACUGGGUGGCCAGAAAUCUGUAUUGGACAGAUACCGGCCGAAAUACCAUUGAAGCCUCCAGGCUAGAUGGAUCCUGCCGCAAAGUGCUGGUCAACAACAGCCUGGAUGAGCCUCGGGCCAUUGCCGUUUUCCCCAGGAAGGGGUACCUCUUCUGGACAGACUGGGGCCACAUUGCCAAGAUCGAGCGGGCAAACCUGGACGGCUCUGAGAGGAAGGUCCUCAUCAACACAGACCUGGGCUGGCCCAAUGGCCUUACCCUGGACUACGACACCCGCAGGAUCUACUGGGUAGAUGCACACCUGGACCGGAUUGAGAGCGCUGACCUCAGUGGGAAGCUUCGGCAGAUCUUGGUCAGCCACGUGUCCCACCCCUUUGCCCUCACUCAGCAGGACAGGUGGAUCUACUGGACAGACUGGCAGACCAAGUCAAUCCAGCGUGUUGACAAGUACUCAGGCCGGAACAAGGAGACAGUGUUGGCCAAUGUGGAAGGGCUCAUGGAUAUCAUUGUGGUUUCUCCUCAGCGGCAGACAGGGACCAAUGCCUGUGGUGUGAACAACGGAGGCUGCACCCAUCUCUGCUUUGCCAGAGCCUCGGACUUUGUGUGUGCCUGUCCUGACGAGCCCGAUGGCCGGCCCUGCUCCCUUGUACCUGGCCUGGUGCCCCCAGCUCCCAGGGUUACCAGCAUGAAUGAAAGGAACCCAGUGCUAACCAACACUCUACCUACCACCUUGCAUUCCUCCCCCACUCGGACCCGCACACCUCUGGAGGAGGCGGAAGGAAGAUGCUCUGAGAAGGAUGCCCAGCUGGGUCUCUGUGCACAUUCCAAUGAGGCCGUACCUGCUGCUCCAGGGGAAGGACUUCACGUCAGUUACGUCAUCGGUGGACUCCUCAGUAUUCUGCUGAUUCUGGUGGUGACUGCGGCGUUGAUGCUCUACAGACACAGAAAAUCCAAGUUAACUGAGCCUGGAAUGGGGAACCUGACCUACAGCAACCCCUCCUACCGAACCUCCACUCAGGAAGUGAAAAUUGAAGCAAUCCCGAAGCCAGCCAUGUACAACCAACUGUGCUACAAGAAAGAGGGUGGACCUGACCAUAACUACACCAAGGAGAAGAUCAAGAUCGUCGAGGGAAUCUGCCUCCUGUCUGGGGACGAUGCUGAGUGGGAUGACCUCAAGCAGCUGCGCAGCUCACGGGGGGGCCUUCUUCGGGAUCACGUUUGCAUGAAGACAGACACAGUGUCCAUCCAGGCCAGCUCUGGCUCCCUGGAUGACACAGAGACAGAGCAGCUGUUGCAGGAAGAGCAGUCUGAGUGUGGCAGUGUCCACACGGCAGCCACUCCUGAGAGGCGGGGCUCUCUGCCAGACACGGGCUGGAAACACGAACGCAAGCUCUCCUCCGAGAGCCAGGUCUAAGUGCCCAGGUUGCCCUCCCUCCCUGCCUGCUCCUUCUCUUUACGGACAUCCAGUCUUUGUGCUCGCUUGUACAACAGGCCCCCUUCCUCUGUACUUGCCCCACUACUCCCCAUCACACCCCAUAACUGCUCCCGAGCCUGGGAGCUGUUUCUAUCUGAGUCCGUAACUACCUGUGCACAAGAAAUGAUGGCGCAUCCUGGAAUUUACCAUGAACCUCGCCUCUGGCACUCCAUCUCGAGCCCUCCAAAGCUAGGCUCGGUAAUGAUUCCUCGUCAGUACAGAGCUCCACCUCCCUUCCCCUGGCGUCCUCAGUGCCUGCCCCACAAAAGCUGAUGAUCCAAGACUGCACUCUCCCCCAUCAGAGCUGGCCUGACUGCUCCUCUGAGAGAACUGGCCCACCAGGGGCUGAGCAGGGGAUCAUGGGUAAAGAGAGAAAUGAAGGAGAGAGGCUGAGAGGAAGAGGAGUCAGCCCAGCUGGUAUGGGCAUCUGGGAAACCUCUAGCCUCAAGUGCAUUGCUAAUAUGAAAAAGCUUUUAGGGGUGGUUGGGCCUGAGCGUCCUGUCCAUUGCUGGCAAUGGAUAUUAUUCUCACUCUUAAGAGUUGCUUGUGUUGCAGUUGGUGAGAUCUGGGUGUGGCUCAAGCUAUUCUUCCUCCUGCUAGGAUGUCUGGAGCCUCUUCUACCUUUAGAUGGCUGGGGGACCCAGUGUGGCCACUGGCUAAUAUGAAUUCCCUCCCCGUGCCACCACUGGCCGGCACCUUCCUAAGUCUCUGACUGUAAGCGACUAGGUUGUGAACCAGCUGCCUGAGUGAACAUGGGGCCCUGAGGGCUGAGUCUGCAGCGUCUGAGAAGCACUGCCUAGACCCAACAUAGCACAUCAGCCGAACUUUAAUGUUCUACAAUGCUCUCCCUCAUUCUCUGGGAUUUUUGAGCACAAAGAUCCAGAAACAGACUUUCAAAGAAGGGCCAGAAGUGUUCAUAACUGGUCAGGAAGAGCGAUUGAGUUAGAAACGUGGGGCCCACAGAGCCUAAAGGGAAGUCUCCAUGAGGUUGAACUUCCUAUGUUCUCUCUCAGGUGCUCAGGGAUCUAAGUGGGCAGAGAACCUGUGGCUAUGGGUGGUGAAGUUCCCAUUCCAACUCUCCUCCCAGCUGAGUGACUUACUUUCUGUGCUGAGAUGCCACCUCUUGGUUCCUGCUUAUUCAAAGGGCACGUCUCACCCUAGAUCACAGAAGUUGAGAAUUUUUUCUGUGCUAAAACAUCUACCUAGUUCAUUCUCAUUCUCAUUCUCUCUCUCCUCUCUCUCUCUCUCUCUCUCUCCCUCUCUCUCUCUCUCUCUCUCUCUCUCUCUCUCUCUCUCUCUCUCUCUCUCUCUCUCUCUCUCUCUCUCUCUCUCUCUGCCUAGUUUGCUUUUUCUGACCUAGUCUUGUGGGGCCUGCGGUAAGCAGGGCUAAAUAAAAAUGCAAAGUUGGGGGCAAGGACUAAAAAUGUUGAGAGAACCACUGAUGGGGCCCUCUCAACCCAGGGCAGAUCCAGACCGCUUCCACACAGGAAUCAGAUAAUAAAAGAGGACAACAAGGGCCGAGAAUGGAGGGGAGGGUUUCCAGGGGUAAUUUCUUGAUUUGAAACAUCUAUGGUUAUUGGUAUUGAGAAAUCAGCUGUCAAAAGCAAGCACAAAAGGAAAAUAAGAGCAAACAUUUUCUAAGACUGCUUGAGCCUGGUGCCGAGGCCUUAGCCCUGCCCUCAGCAGCCAGCCCCAGGUCUCUGUGCAGGGCAGCCAGGCCAAGCCAAGAAGGCUUUUCCAGUGCGUGGCAGCGGAAAGGUGAGGUGCCACUUCCAGGAGCAAAGGGGCGUAUUUCACGUUUGACGGGGAAGUAAAAGAAGGAGCACUUUUGGUCCUCAGAUUCACAGCUGGGAACCGUGGAAAGUAGAAAAGCGGCAUUUUCUUGAAAGGGGGAAGGAUCUUAUUGCACUUGGGCUGUUCAGAAUGUAGAAAGGACAUAUUUGAAGAAAUAUCUAUUUGAGCACUGAUUUACUAUGUAAAAAGCAAAAUCUCUCUGUCCUACACUAAUGGAAGUGAUCGUCCCGCGCUCAUGUGUAAUGGUUUUAACGUUACUCACUGGAGAGAUUGGACUUUCUGGAUUUUAUUUAACCACUAUGUUCAGUAUUUUAGGACUUUAUGGUAAUUUAAUAUAAAUUUAGCUUUUCUUAAUCA